CUGCUUCGUCUCGGCACGGGGACGCUGCUGCCCCGGAGGGCGCCCUCCAUGGACGCCGAGGACACGUGAUACCCGCAGUGGCCUUCCUGGACGACGCGGUCUUCGAGGUACGCCAUGGAGGACGGAAAACUCGAGGCGGACGCAGUCGAGGGUUGCCAGGAAGAGGGCGAAGACGAAGACAUGGCCGCCAAUGUCCGAGACAAGCUCACCAUCCAGCAGAUCCUUGAGAGUAUGACCAACGAGUUCAAUAGGAACGCGACGACGGGGGAUAAGGACGGCGAAAGGGUCGAGACGAUAACUGGCAAGGCCGAGCUCGAGGAACGCGAACAGCGAGUCGAGGAUCCCGAUGCGGCGACCAGGGUCGACGCGAAUCCCGAGGAGCAGGUCGAUGAGAGGUUACCUAAGGAAAAUUCAUCGGAGGAACCUGUGGUCGAUGCCUCCAGGGAGGACGAAGGGGCACAGAAGCUGGAGGGUGGCAAGAAGGAUGGUAAUAUUCCUCGUAUUGUUCUUACGUUUAGGACUGUCGAUGAAAAUACAGACUUUGGGAGGAAAACCAAAAUCUCCAGCUGCUCAUCCAACUUGACGCUGGUACCCAAUAAGCUUGGCACGAACUGCGAUCAGAUCAGUGGAGUGUCGGUUAAGAUUGAGAACUUAGACGAGAACUCGGAUGCUGUCGAGAAGUCCGACUCGGAGGAAGGUAGAUGCGAGGAAAUGGAGAAGGUGGAGAGCAGGGAGGCUCCGGAGGAGGAUAAGUGGACGCCUCCCGAAGAGGUGGCAAACGAUCACUGGGAACCUCUGACCGUGGUCGAGCAGCCCACGGAGAAGGUUGAAAAUACAGAAACUGUCGUUUCACGGGAGGAGAAGACCGAAGUCGAAGAGCCGGAAGUCAAGGAGACGAUCACCAGGAAAAGAAGGGUUGGUCGACCAAGAUUGCGGGGAUUUAGCGAUUCCAAUGGCGAACCUCCAGGCCCGAAGCGAUCGGCAAGGCGGCUUUGUAAGGAAUCGUUGAAAAGUACCGUCUUGGAAAGUGCGAUGGCUCGGAAGGAAAAGUCAAACUACACCGAAGGACAUCUGAAGUUUAAAAAGCAGAGGAAAUACAGCAGGCCAGGGCGUCCUAAGAAAUUGGUUCCAGGAAAAGAGCAGAUUAAACAAGUGCAAAUGAAAGUCGCGGACAUUCAUCACGAAAUUGGCCCAUAUUUCUCAGAUGCUAACAAUAGUUCGAACGAGUUAAGCUCAUCGCUGGAUUCUACAAAGACCAACGAUCUAAUGGAUAACAAUUCAAAUGACGUAGUUGCUGACGAAUCCCUGAAUUCCGUGGACUUUGACGGAAUGCCAAAGCUGUCGCCAAUUACCAGGAACGAGGAUUCCGUCCAAAUGAAGCUUAGCAACAAUCUAACGAAGGAUGACAGCAGUCCGGUGGAACCAGAGAAACCGUUUUUAAGGCCUGCUGCCGUUCGAUCGAAAAGGGAUCGCGCUCGAGGAAGGGGCGGGCAAAGCGCAAGGAAGAUAGCUAAAGUCGAUUCUUUUGAAGAUUCGAUCUAUACGUCAUUUAUAGGUGGUUUACAGACAGUCACGGAGUCAAAAAGGCUUAACGAGUUCCAAGCAGAAGUUCCUGCGAAGAGAACACGUAGAAGCAUGGCACCGAGUCCAAGUCCUGCGGAGGGACAAGCUUCCAAGCCCGAAUCCAGUGCAAUCAUCAGUGACGCUUACGGGUCGUCAUUGAUAUGCUUGUGCCAGAUACGGUCUCAGCUGUACGUUACGAUAACUGGUUCCGGAGCGCCGCUUUACUGCACUGCGAUAGAUUCCAUCGACAAUCGGUUAGUUGGAUGUUGCAACGAGGUGGACAACAACGACGUCGCCAUGCGGCGUCCCAGCCAACGUGUUCCUUUUAUUAUUCUUUGCCGCAUGCACAAGGAGAGAUUGCUCCGGCACAAUUGUUGCCCUUCGUGCGGAUUGUUUUGCGCCCAGGGAAGAUUUGCUCAGUGCAUGAACGGUCAUCAGUACCAUAGAGAAUGCGAGAUUUACCCUAACAAGAAAGCCGUGUGUCCGCAUUGUGGGGUAGACAGUACACCCUUCGACGUGUUGAUCACCAUGGCCGGUAUGCGUAAACCAGUGUUCAUUCCGACGCGCAGAAAAUUCUCCAAGUUACCGUCAGCGAAGAUGAGUCUGGUCGGAAAGGCUGACAAUACGAAAUUGGCGGGCCGACCGCGCAGUCCUCUGGUUCGGCCCGAAGUCAUAAAGAUUCCUGAACCGACCAGUAACUCGGACAGGCCCGAGCGAUACACUAUCAUGAGUCUGUACACGUCCGUAAAAAACGGCGACCUAGAAAAGCUGGUCAAUGUUCUAGCAUGUGGAUACAAUGCGAACCACACAUUCCGGGAUUACGCCCAUCGAACUAGCUUGCACAUUGCCGCCGACAAAGGACACAUGCCCUGCGUGCACGUUCUGGUCCAGGCUGGUGCUCAGGUGGAUGUUAUGGAUAGGAACCAAUUGACACCUCUGAUGCUGGCUGCCAGUAAAGGGGAAACCGAAGUGGUACGUUAUUUAGUCAGGAUAGGUGCGGACGUGACGCUGAAGGGCGAAGACGGUAUGACCGCGUUACACAUGGCUGCUAAAUCUGGUCAUCUGGACGUCUGCCAGAUCAUUUUGUCCGAAUGUAACAUCCCGAAGACGUUAAUAGAUUCGGUGGAUGAUGGCGGUUGGACCAGUUUGAUUUGGGCUUGCGAGUUCUGUCAUACGGAAGUGGCUCGAUUUUUGUUGGAGAAAAAGUGCGAUCCCUUGAUAAGGGACGCUGAGCAGAAUAUUGCGCUUCAUUGGAGCGCUUUUAGCGGUAGUGCAGAAAUUACGGAGAUGCUCCUCAACGAGGGAUGCGACGUCAACGCCGUCAACGUUCACGGCGACACGCCGCUUCACAUAGCAGCCAGACAGGAUCAGUAUGCGGUGAGCGUUUUGCUGCUGGCUCGAGGAGCCAAAGUUGGGGAGUUGAACGCAGCUGGGGAAACAGCUGUCAAUUGUUGCAGCGCCGACGGCGACACGAUGGCGGCGCUUAGAUUGAAUGCCAGGGUGAACGAACUAGCCGAGCACAUGUGGGAAAAGACUAUAAAAAUCCUGACCAACGACAUUUCUCGUGGUAAGGAGACGAAUCCGAUUCAGUGCGUGAACGGGCUCGACUCCGAGGAUAAGCCGACUGAUUUCCUGUAUGUCACGGAGAACUGCUUCACCAGUAACAUAAAUGUCGAUCGUACCAUUACCUCGCUGCAGUCCUGUCGCUGCGAGGACAACUGCAGCUCCGAGAAAUGCCUCUGCGGAAACAUCAGUCUGCGGUGCUGGUACGACGAGGAAGGGAAGCUGAUACCCGAGUUCAACUACGCGGAUCCUCCUAUGCUAUUCGAGUGUAACCAAGCUUGCGACUGUAAUCGCAUAACGUGCAAUAAUCGGGUGGUCCAACACGGCUUAACCCAGAGGUUUCAGUUAUUCAGGACGAAGGGCAAGGGCUGGGGUCUCAGGACCCUUCGACACAUUCCCAAGGGAACAUACGUUUGCGAGUAUGUCGGCGAGAUCAUCUCCGAUUCAGAGGCCGAUCAUCGGGAGGACGAUUCGUACCUGUUCGAUCUGGACAACCGGGACGGCGAAACGUACUGCAUCGAUGCCAGACGCUAUGGGAACCUCGCUAGGUUUAUUAAUCAUUCCUGUGCACCGAAUCUGCUACCUGUACGCGUUUUCGUCGAACACCAGGACCUGCACUUUCCGAGAAUAGCCUUUUUCGCCAAUCGGGAUAUCGAGGCCGACGAAGAGCUCGGCUUCGAUUACGGGGAAAAGUUCUGGAUAAUAAAGUGCAAGUCCUUCACGUGUACCUGCGGCGCCGAAAAUUGCCGGUAUUCUGAGACGACGAUUCAAGUUACCCUGGAUAAUUACCGCAGGAAGAUCCAACAGGAGGAAGUGCUAGCCAACCAGAUAUCUUAGCUUUCAAGUGGACGUAGCUAAUUCUUUGAAUCGUGCGACUUUUGGCUUUAAUUCUGCGCGCCGAUUGGAAAGAGCGCGCGGCCAUUUCAAUUUCCGUGGUUUCGUUUUGACAGUCACGACACCUGGGUCGAACGAGAAAUGCAAGUACAAAGGGCGGAGGGAUUACGGACUCCGUUCGCGUCGUUUAUUAGGCGAAUCUCUUUAUUUUAAUUGGAAUUAGCUUUCCCACGCUUUGUCGAACCGCUUGAGGUUUAUUCGCAACUCAUCCCCGGGGUGUGUUAUCCUAUUAUGCCAACUUUCUCGCGAUUGAUCUCCUCGAGAAUGUGCCGCUCGGUAGAGCCUUUUAAGGAGUAGAUUAAGCGUCGUGCAUAAUAGUGCAAUUGUGUUUUAUAUGCAUGGUAUAUGCGCGGGUGGAUAUUUGGACGUUUGGUAAUGGGAUAACGAUGGAGUGCUGGUAACGUGGACGUUUACUAUGGUGCGAGUGCCCACGGUUUAAUUGAUUCAUCGAGCCAUUUAACGCGAUCUUGUUAAACAUGUUUUUGAUUAUUUAGAUUGUUAGUUACUGUCCGUCAAGACUCGCUGCAACAUGCCCAUGCGUCGUCUCUUAUGUGCAGGCUAAGA